GGUAGGUUUGUUAUGAGCUUUUAGGCUCUAACAACCUACUUUUUAGGAAUAACUGGAAGAAAGAUAAUAUUGUAAAGUACCCACAUACAUUUUAGGCCUUUUCCGUGCAAGGUUAUUUGUGAGAAUUAUAAGAUAUCAUGAAAUUAAGUAGGAUUAUCUCGUUUAUAGGAGUGGAAGCUGAAGUUCAGCAGUAGAAACUUGCCCAAGGCCACAUAGUUUUAAUAUUGGGCAGAGCUAAGAGUCAGACCCCAAUGUUCCUACCUGGAGAGCCCUUUCCAACAUGUCAUAUUGUCUGUAGCCGGGGAAAUGAGCUAAGAUGAGGGGCUUUACAAAAAUCCAUUUAAAAAGUCAGUGACAGAAUCAGGUUUAGGUAUCAUGAUUUUGUAAUACAGAUGACUGGUUGUGUCCCCCAAAACCCAAAUAGCACAUAGUCUGUUCCACCAGAAGUGCAGCAGGAUUAGAUGGUUUUAGUGCACAUUGGAUAAUACAGAUUUCAUAAUCUGACAUAAAACUAAAACAUAGGAGAUUUAUAGAGGAGAUUCUAUAGCCCUAUCAAUGUACCAAACUAUUUUAUUCUCUGGGUUUUAUAUUCUGAGAACAGUUACCAGCCAUCUCAAAAUCUGAGGUCAUCAAGGCUCUCCCAGGGUUGUCACUGGUUGGCUUCCACUUACUUUGGGGCGACUUUAAAGGCACAGCAGGCAGAGAGCAACUGACUUUACCUGGGUUUGAUCUUGGAACUAGGAAAGAGAAAUGUUUUGAAAACCAUUUCAAAGUUUAAAAGAUAAUAAUCUACCCUGGAGAGUUUGAGGUCUUUGGAGAAGCUUUAAUUGGUAGAGCAGAGGAGAAUGUAAUUCUGGAAAGUAUUGUCCAGUGAGGGGAACUGAUGUGAAAUGGGUAUUUUGAGCCACUUAGUUUCUUCCAGCUCACGUAUUCACUUUGUGCCCUGGUCUAUCUUUUGUCUAAGAUCUAUAUACACAGACUUCCUAUGUGAGCUCAUCCUCUCCCUGAUUUCCAAAGUUUUCUCUAGCCCUAGCCUUGCUUUGGAUUUCCAGGCCCAGAUUUUUCACCAAGUCUUGAAUGAUUGCAUCAGCCUGUCUUGCUACCCACUCAAGUCCAGCAUGCUCAAACCCAGGACUGCACUUGAGAAAGCUUUUUCUACUGAAGUUUAGGUUUUAAUAAGAUGAGCAUUUGGACCAUGUUAUCUCCAGCAAAGUGGAAGGUGAUUUAGGAGCUGGAAGGUGAAUGGAAAUGAUUCUGUAAUAAAUAUCAAAUCUAGAAGUUCUAUCAGACAAAGAAUUUUUAAAAGACCGGUAUUUUGUCUUUUUGUUUAAUGUAGGCUUUUUAAAUUGCAGGGCUCAAGGGAAAGUCCCUACCCAGCGGUCCCAACCUGUAGGUUGCAAAAUUAUUUGGGCCUCAGAGCUCUGUGUACUCUUGUCAGACCAUCUUUGGAAAAGAACAAAUCUGUUUAAUCUUCAGGUUAAAUUUAAACCAUGUGAAAUUGCCAAAUGCCGAUGAUACGCUGUUUUUCACUGAAAAAAAGCAAAAAGAAAACAGUGCAUAGGUUCAGUCUAAUAUAAACGUUCCUUAUAUUGUUGCAUAAACUGAGCUAGGACGUUGGGGAAAAGGUAGGUGCGAGAUUUCCAGAGCAUCGGGAGGAGGGCCGCGGAGGAGAGGGCGUGGUGGAAGGAGGUCCCGGCGCUAGAGGAAACCAGGGACGCCGGCUCCACUCUCCGCCUCAAUUCUGGCCGACGCAAGCUUGGCCACAACCCACUUUUGCAACCGCCGUAAAGUGUGGUGUCGUGGCUCCGCCCAUUCCGGCGCCUCUUGUGACGCCGGCGCCCUGGGCUUUUUGCGCGGGAAAAGGGUGUCGUCCAGGUCUGCUCAGCGUCACUGGAGCCAGGCUGAUUUCGCUGAGGUCGCCGCCGGCUCCGCACCGCUACCGGCCAUGGGGCUUCUGGAGCUGUGCGAGGAAGUGUUCGGCACCGCCGACCUUUACCAAGUGUUGGGCGUGCGGCGCGAGGCCUCAGACGGCGAGGUCCGACGCGGCUAUCACAAGGUGUCCCUCCAGGUGCACCCGGACCGGGUGGGCGAGGGCGACAAGGAGGACGCCACCCGCCGCUUCCAGAUCCUUGGGAAGGUCUAUUCCGUUCUGAGUGACAAAGAUCAGAGAGCAGUGUACGAUGAGCAGGGAACAGUGGACGAGGAUUCUGAUGUGCUCAGCCAAGAUCGGGACUGGGAGGCCUAUUGGAGAUUACUGUUUAAAAAGAUAUCUCUAGAAGAUAUUCAAGCUUUUGAGAAGACAUACAAAGGUUCAGAAGAAGAGCUGGCUGAUAUUAAACAGGCCUAUCUGGACUUCAAGGGUGACAUGGAUCAGAUCAUGGAGUCUGUGCUGUGUGUGCAGUACACAGAGGAACCCAGGAUAAGGAACAUUAUUCAACAAGCCAUUGAUGCCAGAGAGGUCCCGUCCUAUAAUGCCUUUGUCAAAGAAGCAAAGCAAAAGAUGAAUGCAAGGAAAAGGAGGGCUCAGGAAGAGGCUAAAGAAGCAGAAAUGAGCAGGAAGGAGUUGGGGCUUGAUGAAGGAGUGGAUAACUUGAAAGCACUCAUUCAGAGCAGACAAAAGGAUCGGCAAAAGGAAAUGGACAAUUUUCUGGCUCAGAUGGAAGCAAAGUACUGCAAACCUUCCAAACGAGGGGGGAAAAAAACAACUCUCAAGAAAGAAAAGAAAUAAUGGAAUUUUCUCUUCAAAACUCCUUAGGUGUUAAUUGAUGCCAUCGUAGGCAAGGUGCCGUCAAGAUUUGAAGACAAAAGUUAACUCUUGAGAAAAGUUGUCUUUCAAGCCUAAAUUAUUCAGAUCAACUAUGUAAACCAAACAGAAUCUCUCAACCUGAUGUUAGUAUAUCCUGGAAACUAGUUAGUAUAUCCGUGACAUUCUGUGAGGUCCUCCUAUGAAGGAAUUUGGGAGCGGAAGGGUAUAUGCUUCCUGACAGCACUCUUCUAUGGGUCUUCUGUACAAGGAACUGUAUCUAUAAUGCAGAUCUAUCCCUACCACAUUUAGCAGUUGUCAUUUUGCCACACAGGAGUGAGCUGCAGGGUAUUCAGUGGUGUGUGUUUAUUAGAACAGGUACUUUACCUAGCCUUCAUCUGUCUUCCAAAUACUUGCCAAUUUACUUUCAGUCUUUUUUUUUUUUUUUUUUUUUUGUGGUACGGGCGCCUCUCACUGUUGUGGCCUCUCCCAUUGCGGAGCAACAGG